AUGAGUUUCUGCUCUGUGCUCUGUGCAGCAAAACCCAAGAUUGAAACUCAUCCCUUUAGCAUUUGUUUGAUUUCCUUUAUUCCAGUCACGAUACCCACAGCUAACAACAAACAAUUACUGAUUAGGAAGCAGUUGGCAUCAAUACAUUUCACGAACAAAUUAUCCAGCAAGGUGAGAAAACGGACAUCGUCUUCAACGAUUAUAAAUAGUUGUAUUAAAAGGUCUUAUUUUCCUAAAAGCUGGAAGCUGGCCUGUGUUCUUCCAUUAGCUAAGGUUAACAGUCCAUCAGAAUUUGGUCAACUACGUUCAAUCUUGCUUUUACCGACCCUUUCUAAACCUUUGGAAAAGGCAAUCGCUAUACAAGUUGCUAACUACGUUUUUGCCCACAAUAUCAUCCCCCCUAGAGAGUCAGGGUUCAGAACCGGGUACAGUUGUUCCACAGCAUUAACAGAUCUUGUGGAUGAUGUCAUCAGAGAACGGGAUGCGGGAAAUGCUACUGUCUUGGUGUUAUUGGACUACACGAAAACAUUUGACAUGAUUAAUCAUGAGAUACUAGUGGCUAUUUUGAAAUAUAUUGGAUUAGAGCAGCCGGCCUAUGCAUCAAUAAAUUCUUUUUUAUCUGAAAGGAUGCAGCGCAGGCAUCCAUUCAGAGUGUCUACCUUUUCGUUCAUCCUUACUCCGGCAGCCAAUGGCGAGGUGCACAAAUCGAGUCCGGCGACAAAGAAAGAAGUGUUUCCAAGACUCGAAUUGAAUUUUCCCGGAAAGCUAUCAUCACCGGAACAAAUGUUUAUCUUCAGCUCAGACCCGGAGGCGUUUUAUCCGCAGCCGUUACAAGCAACGCAGACGAAAGACCAUCGGUUCUAA